AUGGACCGCGGCAGACCAAUCAGUAGCUCACCAGGCCGUCGCGACAUGCUAUCGUCCUCAGCCCAGCAAAGAUUCCUGUCCAGCUCCCCGUUAGCAGAACGCUUUCUCGCAGAAGACAUAGCAGCAUGUUCCGACGAUGACUACGAUGAAACCGCUGUGGAAGGCUUCGUGGAUGGUGAACAUGCCCCGCACAACAUGUAUCGUCGUCCCAGCGGCGUUGCAUACGGCGGCACGAGGCCAGUCUUCAACGCACAACCACUAGAGGAGCCCAUCUUGACGCCAUUGGAGAGGAAACAGUCCCGCAAUGCGGAGAGAAGCCUGCUGCGAGAUAACCAUGUGCUGCCGCCAAAGCAUGGAGACCAGAAACAGAAGCCGUCUUUUGCACGUCGUCUGUACAAACGACUCUUUAGUACGAGGAUCCCCCGGGAGGGCACCGACGAAGAAUCACCCGGCUAUCGACCUACGGAAACUUCACCCCUCUUGAAUGGACGAGGGGAGGGCUCUGAUGUGGGAUCUGCAUCAGGCGAUGAUCAAUUAGACCAGCAGUGGGAGGAGGCGAUUGCCUCUGGACGUCUUCAAACAACGUGGCAGAGGGAAACGAAGACCAUUGCGGCGUAUUCCUGGCCGCUCAUUAUUACCUUUCUCUUGCAGUAUUCUAUCAAUGUGGCUAGUAUCUUUGCUGUCGGUAGAAUUGGCAAGAUUGAGCUGGGUGCCGUGUCAUUGGCCAACAUGUCCCAAGCAAUUACUUGUCUUGCACCAUUCCAAGGCCUAGCAACCAGUCUAGACACCCUCUGCGCCCAGGCAUACGGCUCCGGACACAAGCACCUCGUCGGACUGCAAUGCCAACGCAUGGCCUGCUUCCUCCUCUUCCUGUCACUCCCCGUCGUUGUACUCUGGUUAUUCGCCGGCCACCUCCUCGUCUACGUCGUCCCAGACGCAGAAACAGCCCGUCUGGCAGCGCUAUAUCUCAAAGUUAUGAUUGCCAGCAUCCCCGGCGUCAUCUUCUUCGAAGUCGGCAAACGCUUCACCCAGGCGCAGGGCCUCUUCCGCGCAACCACCUACGUCCUCCUCAUUGCGGCACCCAUCAACAUCUUCAUCAACUGGCUUCUCGUGUGGCAUCUUGGCCUGGGGUUCGUCGGCGCGCCUAUUGCCGUCGCCAUCACGGAGAGCUUACUGCCGAUAUUGCUCAUUUUGUAUGUCGUUUUUGUGGACGGCAGACAGUGCUGGGGUGGGUUCAGCAAGCGCAUCUUUGCAAACUGGUGGAUCAUGAUCAAGCUUGCCCUCCCGGGAAUGAUCAUGGUGGAAGCCGAAUGGCUGGCCUUUGAGAUUAUGACUCUCCUCGCUGGCCAGUUUGGCACCGAGUACCUCGCUGCGCAGAGCGUGCUCGUCACUCUAUCCAGUAUCUCCUACCAGAUUCCGUUUCCAAUGUCCAUCGCCGCAUCUACAAGAGUGGCAAACCUCAUGGGCGCAGGACUCGUCGAAGCCGCCAAAAUCGCUGGCAAAGUGACCGUUGUAUUAGCCUGCAUCCUCGGCGUCCUCAACGUCACCAUCUUCUCUAGUCUCCGAUUCCACCUCCCCAUCCUCUUCACCAACGACCCCGAUGUCAUCAAAGCGGUUGCACGGGUACUGCCCCUCGUAGCCGUCAUGCAGCUCUUUGACGGUCUUGGCGCCGGAGCCCACGGCCUCCUCCGCGGUAUUGGCAAGCAAUCAAUCGGUGGGCCUGCGAAUCUCAUAUCCUACUAUGUGAUUUCGCUGCCCAUCUCGCUGGCCCUCGCCUUUGGAUUGGACUGGAAGCUGGAGGGUCUGUGGGUGGGCGUGACGGUCGGUUUGAUAGUCGUAUCCAUCAUUGAGUACACAUACCUCCUCAAAACGGACUGGCACCAAGCUGCCCUUGAGGCGGAGGCUCGCAACGCAGCCGGUUAG